AAGCGCCUUGUCGUACCUUGCUCACUGUUUUUCUUUUUCCUUGGAGCUUUGUAGCUAGUGUUCGCUAUGCCAGAGCCCGCGAAGUCCGCUCCCGCCCCGAAAAAGGGCUCCAAGAAGGCGGUGACUAAGGCGCAGAAGAAAGACGGCAAAAAGCGCAAGCGCAGUCGCAAGGAGAGUUAUUCCAUCUAUGUGUACAAGGUGCUGAAGCAGGUCCACCCUGACACCGGCAUUUCGUCCAAGGCCAUGGGCAUCAUGAAUUCGUUUGUGAACGACAUUUUCGAGCGCAUUGCCGGUGAGGCUUCCCGCCUGGCGCAUUACAACAAGCGCUCGACCAUCACCUCCAGGGAGAUCCAGACGGCUGUGCGCCUGCUGCUGCCUGGGGAGUUGGCCAAGCACGCCGUGUCCGAGGGCACCAAGGCCGUCACCAAAUACACCAGCGCUAAGUAAACAGUGGAGUGGCUGAAACUUCUCAGCAGGUGCACCUACACUAGUGACCUGAGGAGAGAAACCCUAACCCCACAAUGGCUGCAUCUUCUCUGAAGACGACACUGAUGCUCAUCUUUGAAAUGAAGGGCAGUUUGUGCAUUUCUCCAUGAAGGUAUCCAGAAACAGCCCUGCCACAGCUGCUGUGGGGCGGCUGAACUGCUAUUCCUUUUCUAGGGUGGGAUCCCCACCCUUUGUAAGGAAGGAUAUUGGGGUCCUAACACUGGGAACUUAUCUCGUCAGUGAGGCCUUCUUUAACUGCCAUCUUGUAAUUCAGCACCCCAUCUGUGUUUCCUGUUCCAAUUUAGGCCUUUUUUUUUUUUUUUUUUGGUCAUAAUAUACAGAUCUGAAAUGCUAUGUUUUACUUAUUUAUUGGCUUAUUAUCUUUACCAUCCUCCACACUAAAAGUUUUUUGGAGCUGGAUUUGAGAGUUGUGGAGUAGGUUAUAUUUUGAUCACUUGUAUGUAUUUCCCAUCUUCUAGAACAGUGCCCAGCAAAGUACUUCUCUGAAUAAAUGAAUAAAGUAAUAUUC